GCACGUAUUCUAUAUGAAUCGCCCCCAAAACUAACUUAAUUCAUAUCUACCUAUUCAUCGAGAUGCUCGAGCUCCCGAGACACCGAUAUAUGACUACCUUAUUACUAAUUAUUGGCAUUGCGACCUCAGUCUUGGCAUCUAAUACUUGCGCUCCAAAUCCGAUUGCUGUAAGAAUCGGAAAUGUCACGCUCACAAACCACCAAGUAGCAAGAGGUGCGGAAAUUCACGUUGGGAGUCCCCCUCAGCCAUUCGCAUUUCUACCUCAAUGGCCUUACAACACGUCCCUUGUGUACGGGACAGACGGACAUUGUGUAUUUAAGCGCAAUACGCCUACGAACGACGGCUGCGCUACUUUAAGAGGAGGCGCGUACGAUAUUUUUGCAUCAAAAACUCGUCUGGUAGCAUAUCCAGGGGACUUUCCAAAGGAAAAUGCCCCAUUUCCGCAGACGACUCUCUUCGCCGACGGGGUUAAGCUCAACGAGAACACGACUUUGACAGGAUUCCCUCUUGGGGUUGCUCUGAACGAUUGGGGUGCUGAAGGAUAUCACCCAAUGGCGUCUCUUGGAUUGGGGACGAACUCAACGUUUCUUAAUACUCUCCAGGAGUCAGGAAAGAUUGCGUCAAGAACUUGGAGCUUUUUCUGGGGCCGCAGUAGCGGUCCAUCUUCUUCACAGACUGACGGGUCAUUGGUCUUCGGGGGCUACGAUCGAGCCAAGAUCUCUUCAGGGGAGAGAUACGUAGAAAAGUUACAGGACUCAACUUCCCCCUGCGCCACUCAGAUGAUUGUCAUUAUAACAGAUAUGGUUCUUAACUUCCCGAACGGAACCGAUGUUAGCAUAUUUCCGAGGUCGCUAUCGACCGCUUUGACCGCAUGCAUCGUGCCCGACUACCCAGUCCUGAUGACCCUCCCAUCAGAUCCUUUCAUGGAUAACUUCUUCCAGCUUACCGAUGCCGCACAGAACCAUGGACGGUCAUUUGGAAUCAACUAUUAUUCAUUUCAGUAUAAUAGAAAUGAAGAACGGUAUAGUGGUGAUAUGACCAUCAAGUUUCAGUCGGGACUCACCGUGAGAGUAGCCAACGACCAACUAGUAGCCCCUGACGUCGAUAUUAAUCCUACUACCGGAGAGCUUGUCGCUAACUAUACGAACCCCGAUCUCGUCAUCAACGGCUUGCAAAAUAUUAGUUCAAACGACAUGCCCCAGCUCGGCCGCCAGUUUCUGUCGGCUGCAUACCUUAUGGUAAAUCAGGAUGCCAGGAAGUUCAGUUUGUGGCCGGCAAAUCCAGUGUCGGGGGAGGACCUCGUGCCAGUAGAUGUUAAUAACAUCGAUAUAACCACUAUUUGCCAAUCUAAUGCUUCAGCUACUACCAAUUCCAAUUCUACCAUCGCAAAUACAGAACUUGAAGCUUCUAGAUCUUCGCCUGGAACAAUAGCUGGCGCAGUUGUGGGUAGUAUCGGUGGCGUGAUAAUACUAGGUAUUGUCGCUUUCGGGUUGAUCAAGAAGAGGAGAGAAAAGUCGUCGAAAACUGGCGAUCAGAAUCAAUUUACGCAAGCCUAUAUCGACACUGAAUACUACCACCACGUUACACCAGGAUCAAAGCCAGAGCUCGAAGAUAGUUCGUUUCUCAGACCAGUAGAAUUAGAACAUCCGACACAACGAGACUUACCUCCAUACGAGUUAGGGGGGUGA